AGUGCGCCUUCCUCCCACCAAACCCACCCACACAAACCCUUUUGUGUGCUACCUAAGUCAGAUGUGCAGACGAGCAGACAGCAGAGACAGGAUGACACUCGGAUGAAGACCACCGCUGACAUAACACAGAAAUGUGGCUGAAACUUUUGACUCUGAUGGUCGUUACAGUGACUCUGUCAAGCGUGGGGCUGUCAGAUGCCAUUGAUGUAUUUCUGGGUCAAUCACAGGAACCACUGCAAGUUUUCCAUGGAUCCUCUCUGACUUUGUACUGCUGCUUGAGAAUACCAAAUGCAAACAGAUUUUGGAUAAAAUGGUAUUUCAACAUGUCUGUAAAUAUAAGUGGCAAUCUAGUCAACAAAACAAAAGAUGGAAAUUCCAACGAGACGCUUGACCAGGACCCGAAGAAAUGCCGAGACAAGGACAUGGCAUUCAGCUUGUCGCGAGUAAACGGAUCACACAGCGGAAAUUACUCUUGCGAAGUCACAGUGGAUAUUCCAAAUUUAAUAGAACAGAAGAGCACUGCAACACAAAUCAUUGUUUCGAAGAACUUAAAGGAAAGUACAACAUAUCCAUCUCUAGUAACAAGUCAACCAGGUCCUGUUGAACCCAGCUUGCUUGGGAAGUGGUGGAUAUGGACCAUUUUGGGGGUGUUGUCUACGGUUGUGCUCAUCCUUCUGGUCAUCUGUGUAUUAAAGAGAAGAAAAUGGUCCAGAAAAAGAGUAGAAGAACCAAUCUACGCAAACACCCACAGCCGCCAGCCUUCGCCACAGCCCAGGAUGCCGGCGGACAACAUGAAGGCAGCCUCCACAUACCAAAACCUCCGGACCCAGAGAUAUGCCAGGAAGGCCAACACAGACAAAUGGGGUCACAAAUAAUGAGGACGUAAUCUGACCUCAUAAACCGUAACACCAAAUGAUCAUGGAGCGACCCACCUGCUUCUCUUCUAAGCAGUAUUCUAAGGAUUAGUAGUUUACGUUGUGUAUGCCAAAAUGCAAUUUUCUCAGCUUUUGCUCAGGGUACAUUUUCUCAGGGGUUUUUCAACAAUAUGUAGCAAUUAUUGGUCUCAGUUUGUGGCUUCACUGAAGAGAUACAGCCACAUUUUGUUUCUUUUUUUCAAAGUUUUUGAAGCUCUUGAUUACAGAUAUGAAAGCAUUCACAACAACUUUUUAAUCCAUAUGCAAAUAUCUUCUGAUUGUUUAUUUUAAUAUUCAAUGUGUCAUUCAUUGACUGAUGUUUGUCUGAUUUGCAUUGACUGGACGUCAAUCUUCAGAGCAAUGAGUCACUUUUUUGAUGUAUGAAGAUAUGAAUGAUAUUUGAUAAGAAUAUGAAAUACAUAUAUUUUGUUAUGCUGUUUUUUUUUUUUUUGCUUGAUGUUUACUAAUAAAAUGGGGACUUUCUGCAUUUUCAUGUAAUAUAGCCUUUAUGAGCUGAAGCGAUAUGCAGUCAGUAAAUGAAUCCAAAAGCAUUUUUGUUUUAUCUUUAUUUUGUGAUAGACCUGGUGAUGAAUGAAGACAUUGUCUGUGUUCGUAAUUGUUUGAAUAUGCAACAUUUUAUCAUUUGGACAUUUUUUAAAAUACUUACUUUUAAAUUAUAUGAUAAUUUAUCUUCGAUUCACUGGUGCCAAAAAUGUGCUUUUAAUUUUUUUUUUUUUCUGAACAGCUUGGUUUAGUCUCUCUUGAUUGUACAAAAAUGGAAAAAUGAAAUUUCUAAUUA